CGCUUAUGAAAUGAUCAAGAAGUUUUCUAAUGUUAAAUUUUCUUGUGGCAACAUCCAGCUUUCAAGAAAUUCAGUAAGUAUAUUUACUACUUUUAUUUUAUAAAUUGUGGAUAGGCAACACUGGUUUUGCGAAGAAACAUAACAGUUUCUAUAUAUUUCUGACGCAAAUUGAGUGGGAAGAAGAAGUAAGUUGGUGGUUUAUUUGAAUUUUGUAUGUUAUUUCGUUUAUUCCUUGGAAAUGGAUGACUUAACACCUGUUGCAAAGCGGCAAAAGAGGAUAAAAAAUUUCACAGCGGGUGAAAAACGAGAACUAAUUAAAGCAGUGGAAGAAUGGCCCCGAAUAUGGGACAUAACAAACGUUAUGCAUUCAAAUAAAAAUGCUGUGGAGCAGGCCUGGUUGCACAUAAGCAAUUCCGUUGGCAAAACUGUUAGUGAGUGCAAAGCUGGAUGGAUUAGCUUACGGGAGAGCUAUCGCUAUCACGCCAAAGUGGCCCGCAAGCAUAAAAGUGGUAGCGCAGGUGGAGAAACCCUGGAGGAGCCUUUUUUUUCAGACGCGAUUGAUUGGGAAUUUGCUGAAGAAAUGGCAUUUUUACCAAAUACAUCACACAAAAGAACAACUUUCACAAGUCCAACGUUUGAAGAUUUUGAUUCAUCUUCUCCGAUCAAUAGAGCGAAUGAGGAGGUGUUAAGUGUUCCGCAAUAUGAUUAUAAUCCAACACCCACCACAAGUAGUCGUACGUUUCGCGGAAGCCAAAAUGACGAGGCAUGGAAUCGGUUCAACAACAUUUUAAAGAAGCAAGAAGAUUUGGUAGCAGCAAAGAACAACUCAUCAUAUGCACAAGUUUUGAGUGGUUGUUGAAUAAACUUCCACGGUCAGUUGGUGAUGAUAUGUGUAUGGAAUUUUACAGUAUGCUGUUACAGAAAGUUAAUGAACUUAAAUCAAAAAAUUAAAAUAAAUAUCUUUUUAUACUCACUUAUCUUCUGAUUAGUUAUGAAAUAAAUAAACUCGAAAUUUGGAAACAUCAAACUUCUUUUUAUAAAAAACAUA